AUACAAUGUCCGAUUCAACCGAUCCCCACUGCUCCACCUCCAAGUCGAACCUGAUCAAAGUGAACCACGUGGGCGUAACGGCCAAGAUGCCAUCGCCGCUGAAGAAGGUUCUGCCCCGGAUGAACUCCUCCAGCGAUUCGGAUGUGUACCAAAACAGUCAGACGCAGUACAACCUGUUUAAGGAUGUGGGUCGUGGUGAGAUGACCGAGUCCUCGGUUUCCGGUGGCUCGCCACACACUCUAUACGAAAUGCACACCGAACCGGAAAAGAGUCUACUGGAUCAUUCGAAGAACAAACCGCAGAGGAUCGAAUUCCAGCGCUACUCGAAGAGACGUCCUCACGUGAUUGUUCCAUCCAGAUCUGCUCCCAAGUUAAAAAGUCGCUCCAAAUCCCACCGUGCAUCGCAGGCUAAGAAACGUGAGGGUGGUGGCUUCCUGGCCCGUUUGGUGGAAUCGCUGGACAAAAUGUGCAAGUGCCAGGCGCAGAAUCAGAGCCAGAAAUCCAUCAUCGAUGACCUGCCGGAACCGCAGUGGAAUCGCAAGGAGGCCAGCCGACAUACCUGCAUCGGAAUAUAUCCCUUUGAGCAUGGAUGCGCCGAUUACCUGAGCACCACAGACACCCAUCCGAAAAUCAAUGCCAUUGUCCUGGCGGAUCGGGCCACCACCUAUGCUACCCACUUUUGGGCGGAGCUCUUUGGUCUGCUCCACAUCGCCGUUGCCUUCGUGGUCGCCUUCAUCCUGCAGAGCUAUCGUUUCGUUCUGUACAGCCUGGUGAACACCCUGAUCGUUGGCCUACUCCACAUGACCUCGGACUACCUGUUGAAACCCCUGCUGACCAUGCUCUUCAAUGGCUACCUCCAGCCGCCGCUGAUUUUCCUCUACAACAUCCUAUGCUCCGUGAGGGACAUCCUCGAACCGGUGGCCAAUAGCCUGAAUAGCUUCAUGAAACCCUUGGCUACAGUGGGAAGCAGCAUUCGAUUGGUGGAUGUCAACUACCGACAGAUUCAUAAGCUAACCAAGGAUGUUUGA